AUGAGUAGUCAAGAUAGCAGAAAUUGUACAAGCAAAAUUGAUUCUGUUGGAUCUAUUUGUUUAUAUACAUCUGCAAUAGGAUCUACUUUUCUAUUAAUAUUUGGUGCUCUAAUGUUGCGAUCUAUUCUUAUAGUUGAGGGUUUACCAAUUGGAGCAAAGAAAUAUUCUGAAGGAGCAUAUACCUGCCUUAUUGUUAGUAGUGUAUAUGCUGCACAAUUUAUAUUCUGGAUUGUAUACAAGUCAUACAGAAAUAAACUAGUCACAACAUCUAUGAGAAAUAUAAAUGAUGAUAGUGAUAUAUUAUAG